UACCCGUUCGCCCACGAGAUGCCCUUCAUCACCAUAGCAACGCCAGGUGUGGACUACCGCCAGAGCGCUGUCCUCGGCAACGUCUUGAAUCCUUCUUACGCUCCUAACUACAUGCAGUCUUACCCAGCACCUAUGAGCAUGCUCCACCGCUUCACGAACACGAUUCAACACAUCAUGUUUGCCGUAAACUGGCGACAUUGGAGCAUUGUUCCGGCCGUACAGAAGGAGAUCUCGGCCCAGUUCCCGGACCUCCCGCCAUUGCUGGACAUUGAGCGCAACCAGAGCCUUACCUUGAUGAACUCCCACUUCACAAUGAACGAUGUUCUGCCUCUGCUGCCGUCCCAGGUGGAAGUGGGGGCCAUGCACUGCCGUCCUGGCAAGCCCCUCCCUAAGGAUUUAGAGUCGUGGAUCAGUGGCGCAGGAUCAGAGGGCGUCGUGUACUUCAGUCUCGGCUCCGUGGCUCAGGGUCAGUCGAUGCCCACGAAGUACCGAGAUAUGUUCGUGGAGGCCUUCAAGCAGCUCAAACAGCGAGUCAUCUGGAAGUACGAGGAGGCGCUGGAGGGCAUCUCUGACAACGUGCUAAUGCGGAAGUGGCUGCCGCAGCAGGAUAUUCUCGCGCAUCCAAACGUCCGGGUUUUUAUCUCCCACGGAGGACUCCUCAGCACUCAGGAGUCCUUCUACCACUCUACGCCAGUCCUCGCAAUCCCCAUCUUUGCGGAUCAGCCCAAGAAUGGCAUGAACAUACAGAACAACGGCCUCGGGCUGAUGCUUGUGUGGGAGGAGUUGACGGUCGAGCUCAUCGUCAACAGUCUCCAGGAAAUUAUCUCGAAUCCCAAGUACAAAGCCAGGGCCGCAGAGGUGCGGGCUCCCCUCCGCGACCAGCCCGAGAGCCCGAAGGAUCGGGCGGUGUUCUGGACCGAGUACGUGAUCCGGCACAAGGGCGCCCCCCGGCUGCGGUCUCCGGCGGCGACGCUGUCGUGGGUCGAGUUCCUCAUGCUGGACGUGCUGCUGGCGCUGCACGUGGCCGUGGUCGUGGCGGUGUACGUGCUCCGCCGCCUCGUGGGAGCCGUCUGCUCGCGGGUCCUCGGGUCCCGGAGCACAGGCAAGAGGAAGAGGGAGUGAGUUUCCUCGGUGAUGCUUUCAUUCUCUAGAUUUAUCGGUAUUUCAGCAUUUUAAUUGUUGUAUUUGUUUUUUUCCGUUUC